UGAGGAAACCUCGUUGUCGGCGGCCUUCUUCGAAACCCAAUGAGUGUUCCACAUUCACUUUCACUUUUUCCGGCUCUUGACGUUUAUUAAUUUAUGUCAGCUUUAAUGACAACUAUAACUUACAUACUAUCAUGCGUCGAAGUCAAGCACCAAGCCAGCGAUUGACUAUUGGUAAUCAACAACAAAUAAAAAGAAAAUCUGAUCAUGAUGAGGACUGUUAUCCACAACAUCAGAAAAGAAGAAAUCAGAAAGAUGCUUACAGCCCACAACAACACUUGUCACCAUAUCGCCAGCCCCUGACUGUGCUCACCAAUGUAUCAGCUAGUUUUGACAGUUUUUCUCAUGAGGCUUUGAUAAAGAAGAUUCUGUCAAAACCAUUUAAAAUACCUAUUCCUAACUACCAAGGAAAUGGUUUGUUUAAUCGAGCCCUUGGCCUGCGUAGGCAAGGCACCAGGCAGCCUCUUCAUGAUCCAGAUGAGGAGAAUGCUCUUGUUUUAUAUGCCCCUCCAAUCCUCAGCGCUCAUGAGUUGAUGAAAGUAGACCAGAACAAACUGCCAGUUCAUGUGGUUGUAGAUCCACUCCUCACUAAAGUGCUGAGACCUCAUCAGAGAGAGGGUGUGAAGUUUAUGUAUGAUUGUGUCACUGGAAAGCAAAUAGAGAACAACCAUGGAUGUAUUAUGGCUGAUGAGAUGGGUCUUGGGAAAACUUUGCAGUGUGUCACUCUUAUCUGGACUUUGUUGCGACAAAGUCCAGAUUGCUGUUCUACUGUCACAAAAGUUAUCAUUGUUGCUCCUAGCAGUCUUGUGAAGAAUUGGUACAAUGAACUUAACAAGUGGUUGGGAAACAGAAUAAAUGCCCUUGCCAUUGACUCUGGAACAAAGAGCGAGAUUGACAGGGAUCUUGCUCACUUUAUGCAACAGAAUGGUCGCAGAGUUCUUAACCCAGUUCUUAUCAUUUCAUAUGAAACAUUUCGUCUACAUGCUUCUGUUCUUCACAAAGGUUCUGUGGGACUUGUAAUUUGUGAUGAGGGUCAUAGACUAAAGAAUUCAGAAAAUCAGACAUACCAGGCUUUAGCCAACCUUAAUGCUGAACGACGCAUUCUGCUGUCUGGUACACCUAUUCAAAAUGAUCUUCUGGAAUACUUCAGUCUGAUCCAUUUUGUCAACAGAGGCAUGCUUGGUACUGCUCAAGAAUUCAAACGUCGAUUUGAAACACCAAUUCUGCGUGGACGGGAUGCAGAUGCUUCAGAUGACGAGCACAAGAAAGGAGAAGAAAAACUUCAAGAGCUUGCAGGAGUGGUGAACCGCUGCAUCAUUCGUCGUACUCAGGCACUCCUUGUAAAGUAUCUUCCAGUUAAAGUGGAGCAAGUGGUCUGCUGCAGACUGACUUCUUUGCAAAUGGCUCUUUAUAAGUCCUUUGUUAAGUCACAGGCUGCCAAAUGUGAGAUGGAGACAGAUGGAAAAGUGUCUGUGAGCACACUUUCUGCCAUCACACAGUUAAAGAAGCUCUGCAAUCAUCCAGACUUGAUCUAUGACAAAUGUGUGGAGCGUGCAGAAGGGUUUGAAAAUGGCCUUGAUAUUUUCCCAGCAGAUUACAGCACUAAGGUGGUCAGGCCUGAGCUGUCAGGCAAAGUGGUGGUUCUAGAUACACUGCUUGCAGUCAUUAAAGCCACAAGCAAUGACAAAGUUGUUCUAGUAUCUAACUACACACAGACCCUAGACUUAUUUGAAAAGCUGUGCCGUCAGCGCAGUUACCAGUUUGUUCGUUUGGAUGGAUCCAUGUCAAUCAAGAAAAGGGCAAAGAUUGUUGACCGAUUCAAUGAUCCAUCUAGUCCUGAGUUCAUCUUCAUGCUCAGCAGCAAAGCAGGUGGUUGUGGUCUGAACUUGAUAGGGGCCAAUCGUCUUGUUAUGUUUGAUCCUGACUGGAAUCCAGCCAAUGAUGAGCAAGCCAUGGCAAGAUGCUGGCGUGAUGGGCAAAAGAAACAGUGCUUUAUUUAUAGACUAAUUGCAACUGGAACCAUAGAAGAGAAGAUUUUCCAGCGGCAGGCACAUAAAAAGGCUUUGAGCAGCUGUGUUGUUGAUAAGGAGGAAGAUGUUGAACGACAUUUUUCACUGGGUGAUCUUCGUGACCUUUUCACAUUAAAUGAAGAAACACUGAGUGACACUCAUGACAAGUUCAAAUGCAAGCGAUGUAUUAACAACAUCCAAGUUCGAGGACCACCAGAAGGAACAGACUGCAAUUCUGACCUGUCACAGUGGCACCACUGUGCUGAUAAGAAAGGUCUAUCAGACACUGCUUUGAAGACUGUGUGGACCUCUUCAGUAUCAUUUGUGUUUCAUCACUGGUCACAUGAAGAGCAGAGAAAGACUGCAUGAGCAUAAUUAUGAAAAUGUUCAAUUGUUAUUUAAUAAUUAAAUCCAGUGGAUUCUAGAUUGACAUAAGUGUGGAUGCAUCUACUGGGGACAACAGUCAAAUACAUCUGGCUGCUGUACCAGGCAGAAAAAUGCUGGAAUUUGGCAUGAAACUUUCAUGUUAUGAGGAUUGCUAAUUUUGUGGACUUGAGCUGGACUCUUUCACCAUAACAACAUGAAAAUGCAAUCCUGACCCCGCACUCGCCAUCUUUUUUCCUCUCUUGCAUCAUAGUGGUUUUAUGGAUCCUUUCCAUUACAGCUAUCACCUGGUUUUUUUUCUUCUGUGGCUCAGCAUUUAUAGCAAAUAGUCAUAAUCUUAUUGUGUGUUCAAGUCUCUUUUUAAUAAAGUCAACAGCAUUUAAAUUUUCUCAGAGUAUACAUUUAGAAUUGUUGCAGCAGGGAUUGUUAAAGCAGUGCAUACUAUGUGAAUUAAUAGGAAAUACUAGUGUGCAAUAAAUUUAAGAUGUUCCUCCUAACCAGG